CGUCAUGACGUAGCGCCUAGCAACAGCGCAGGCUCCGGGUCCAGUCCGUUAUGGUCGCUGCUUCUUCGGGGAGGAUGAGGGGGUCGGUGCGGACGACACUGUUGACCAGACUCAGCCUGCAGGCCCCCGCGAGGCUGAUGCAGCCGCUGGUCCUGGUGCUCCUGCUUGCAUCCGCCCUGUCCAGUGUUGUGUCACAGAGCCUCGCUGAUCUCGACUCAGAUACUUCUCAGAAUUUGCCUGCUUCCCCUGGGAACCAAAGCCACUCCGUGUCCCACUUGAAUACCACCAUGCUGCCAUCCAUGCCAAGUGCCAAGAGCAGAGGGGCCUCUGCCACCCCCCAGGCCUCCCCCACCACUUGCCCGCCCCGGGAGGAGCCUGAGAGCCACGGAGAUCCCAGCAUGGAGGAGGAGGAUCUGCUCACGCUCAACAGUUCUCCGCCCACUGCCAGGGACUCUCCAGAUGCCGGCGAGUACGGAGAGCCGGACUAUGACUGGACCGCCAACCCCCGGGAGGCCGAGGCCGAGCCUGAGCCGGAGGAGAACUUAGACGAGAACAGGGGUUACAUGGAAAUUGAACACUCAGUGAAAUCUUUUAAGACCCCAUCCUCAAAUAUGGGAGAAGAAGAUAGCCAUUUCUUUUUCCAUCUUAUUAUUUUUGCUUUUUGUGUCGCUGUUGUUUAUGUUACAUAUCACAACAAGAGAAAGCUUUCCCUUCUGGUUCAGAGCAGGAGGUGGCGCGAUGGCCUCUGUUCUAAAACAGUGGGCUACCAUCGUCUGGACCAGAACGUGAAUGAGGCCAUGCCGUCGCUCAAGAUCACCAAUGAUUACAUUUAUUAAAGCGUUGUGAUUUGUUUGCUU